GGUAAGUCAUUGUCUUCUUCCAACUUGGUAUAUUUUUUUUUAUUUGUUUGAAAAACGUGUAUUAUAUUAUGCCACCAAAAUCUAUCAUUGAAACGAAUGCUUCUUCUAUCAUUGAUCUCAAAGCUCUUUUAUCACAACAAAAAGAACAAUUUGAUAGAGAACGUUCUGGAGCACAACUGAAAACUCCUUCGAAGACAGAGAGUAAUAAGAAAUCAAGCCGGACAAUACAACAAAAUCGAGGUGUUGAAGAACGGGCACGGCGAGAUAAAGCUACGUACGCUGGCAACGAAGAAGAAGUGGAUAUUUUGGAGAAAAGCAGAAUAGCCUUAGAACGAAAGGCCAAAAUAUAUGAUACCCUACAACGACAACAUCAACAGCUGAACAAUUUGGAUGAUGUAGAAAACUCUGACUUACUGAUCGACUUUGACCAAAAAUAUUUCCAGCAGCGAGACUAUGACACAAGUAGAAAAAAGAAAGUUAUUGACAAAGAAGAAGAGCGGCAUAGCUCAGACCCUUGGGUAGAAUAUGAAGAUGAAUUCGGUAGGACACGUGUUGUACGUCAAAGUCAACUUCCUCGACCACGAUCUAGAUCACCUUCUCCAGAUCCUACUACUUCUCGGUCCUUUGAUAUAAUUGAACCUGCAGAUCGGUCUCAUAUUCGUCAUUAUGUCGCUUCACAAGAGAAUAGAACAAGGGGUGUUGGACAUUAUAGUUUUGCUGUUGAUGAUGAAGAACGACAAAUACAGAUAGCAAAUCUCAAUAAACUUCGACAGGAGACAGAAGCAGCGCGAAGGAAGUCAAGAACUGCCAGUGAAAGACGUAGAGCAAUCAUAGCCAAAAGAGCAGAACAUAUUCAUCAUCGAAGGGCGAUAUUACGUGGAAAAAACAAAUCAACAUCACAAACAUCUACCACCAUCAACGAAGAUAAUGUCACUCAAUUAUUACAAACAAUGAGAAAAUUGGUUGAAAAAUAAUAAUAAAAAAAA